CCCAGAAGCUAACACUUUCGACUAUAAAAGGAUGGAGGAUCACACAGCCAUCUCACUGGACUCAGUGGACCUCUUGCUAAGUCUUCUCUGGAUUUCUGAGCGCUAACUACAAACAUCAGGUCUGCAAUGAUGAUCAAGGAGAUAAGCCUUGCCAUUGCAGUGAUGUUGCUGCUUGGGAAUGUGGGACCAAGUCAACAAGACUGCUGUAGAAAUGGCGUCCUGGAAUGGACUCAGUGGUUUGAUAGAGAUAACCCUUCUGGAAGUGGAGAUUGGGAGACCCUCAGGUCUCUUCGCAAGGAGAAUCCUGGAAAGAUCUGCGCUGACCCAAAAGAUAUAGAGGCUGUGACUAUUACUGGGCUUAGUGUUAGUCAAGCCGGGGAAAAAAUUUAUCGAAAUGAUGUCAAAACUGGAUUUGUCUGCAGAAAGAAAGAUCAACGCGACAAGAGGUGCAAUGAUUAUAAAGUUCGCUUCAGCUGUCAAGCCAAAUCGUGUGAUAAUGUGUGCUGGACCAAGUGGUACAAUAGAGACAAACCCAGUGGAAGUGGGGACUGGGAGCAUCUGAGUGCCCUGAUCAGAGAAAACCCAGGAGGAAGCCUUUGUUCUAAACCUACAUAUAUUGAGGCUGUUACGGCUGAUCGAGAUAUCCCAGCCACCAAAACAGGAGAGAAGUUCCAUGCCUACAGUCCCACCAAGGGGUUAAUUUGCCGCAAUAAGGACCAGAAAAGACGCCGCCGCUGCAGCAACUACAAAGUUCGCUUUGGAUGCACCUGUGGUACUAUUGUAAGCUAAGGCAUCAGAAAAAGGUUACGUGAUGAUUAAGUCCAACUCUGGGAACAUAUAGAAAGAGGAAUCUGAUUUUAUGCAUUCUUCAGAUAUUUCUUGUUUGGUUUAGCUUUCAUCCUCUUAAAACAACUAUUAUGGUUGUUUUUCUUCAACAUGUGCUGUGACAUGUUUAUUGCUUUCAUUUUAACAAAAUGGGAGGUGGGAUGAGGGCAACAUGUGUAUUGUAUGUUUCAAAGUAAUUAUGGAAACAUUUGACUUUAAUGCUUUCAAAAAUCUAUGGCAAAUAAAAAUGAUCAUAAACAGCAAA